CCAAUUUCUUGCAUUUGCGGACGAUUUAAAGCUUUUUAAAGUUAUAGCAGACUGUGAUCGAUUACAGGAGGACCUUGAUAGGUUUUCUUUGUGGUGCAGACAGAACAAUUUAACUCUUAAUACAAACAAGUGCAAAAUUGUAAGCUUUAGCAGAUCCAAAAAUCCAGUAACUUUCACCGAUCAUUUGAACUCUGGAUCGCUCGAGAGACAGAACCUAGUUAAAGAUCUUGGAGUUUGGCUUGAUUCGGAGCUCACAUUUACAUAUCACAUUGAUUUUAUUUAUUUAACAGAGCUAUUUGAUUGCUUGGGUUUGUUUUUCGGACUUUAAAGGGUUUUCACAACAUCUUUACGUAUUGUGCGUUUGUCGUUCAAUUUUAGAGUAUGCUAACUGUGUCUGGCAACCAUACUAUGCAAUUCACAAGGAAAGAAUAGAGCGUGUGAAGCGUAAGUUCCUUAGAGGGAUAGGUUUUAAAUUGGGAAUGUCAUUUGAGGAUAUAAACUAGGAGGAGAUUAUGAAGCUUUUGAAUCUGACAUCUUUGGAGAGUCGGCACAUAUUUUUUGACAUCGCUAUAUUAUACAAAAUCCUUAAUAACUUGAUGGAUUCACCAGAUCUUCUGGCAUCUGUUGGUUUCAUAUUUCUCCUAUUAAUGCAAGAAAUAAGGCUCUUUUUAAUAUUGAUUUUCAUAGGACCAACUAUGGCAUUAACUCGCCUAUGAAUCGAAUGUGCAAGCUGACAAAUAUUUUACUCACAAAUAACGAGCAUAUUGAUUUAUUUUCUGACUCUCUCAGUAGUUUUAAUUGCAAAAUAAAGAAGAUUGUUUUUAAUCAAAACUUGGUAGUUUAGCAACUGUAAGUGUUAUUUGUAAGUGUUGGUGUUACUAUUUUUCUUAGGGUAAACUAUAUCGUAAAGAUAAUGUAAAUGCUAAAUGCGUAAAUAAAAUUUUUAAUUUUUUAAUUUUUUUUAAUUUUUCAAUGAGCUUAAAGAAAUAUUCCGCGUCACCCUGUUCAUUCCUCUGACCCUAGCUACAGAAAGUCCUUCUGCUUUAUGAACUAUAUCAAUGGACGUAAUUAAAUGUAUGAACGACCACAACUGGGCGAACAUCUGACGACGAGUAGUGCAACUUUUGAACACUGGGGUGUAUUUACGAAUUUUGCCCUAGAUACACAUUACGUAAACUCCGUAAAACCCAGUUUUGUUUGAAAUCUUUAAAUUGGAUAUAACGAAAAUAAUAAUUUAAAAAAUAUAUACAUAUAUCGAGCAAUGAAAGCUCCUUCACUACAAGAAACAGCUCUAAUAGACAAGACAUAGACUUGACUUUACUAGACUUCUUUUGAAACAUCAGGUGCAAUUACAGGGCCAAUCAAUCAGUUAAGAAACAAUCCGGAACUAAUAUUAAAUAAAAAAAAAGAAAAAUGUGUUAGAAUGGUGCAAUCAACUAUUUUUGUCCUAUUUUUGAAAAUAUCUCGAAGACUAAUGGAGCAAAAUAUGAAGUGUGUUAUAUAAUCAGAAUAACAUGUUCUAUUAAAUACCGAUAAAAUAUACAGGUAGUACAAUUAGUUAAAAAAAAACUUAAAUAGGCUGAUAUCUCAGAAAACUGUUAGUGUUUUGACUUAUGUCAUAUAGGAAAAAACUUGGCUGCUAAAUCUACAUCGUAUAUUUUUUUAUUUACUCUGAUAUCUUUAAAAACAAAAAUGUAUCAAAACGUUAUCAAGGUACAUUGGAAAUACGGUACAGAUUUACGUUUUACUCUGCUGUUUUGCAAUAUCGCUGUCCAAAACGAAAUUAAAUAUUGUUUUUUUACUAUUCCUUAGGGAAGUCGGUACCUUUUAUAUUUUGUUUUCGAAUGUCAAAGAGAAUGUCGAAAUCAAAUAAAUAAAAACAAUGCGCGCUUAUCUAUUAAACGUAGGCGUUCACCAAAACAUAUUUUCAAAAAGUUUAACAAAACUGAGAUUUUUACCAUCCAUUUGCAUUUCAAAUUACACGAUAAAGAUAGUAUAUUUAACUAAGUGAUAUGCAAAACUUGAUUCUCCUAUUUUCGAAUAUUUACGUAUAUAUAAAAAGCUCCUAAUCAAACUAUCGUAACCAACUAUAAUUGUCCAUAUAUUGCAUACACAAUUAUCAUGAAUUUGAUCCAGAUACUAGUUGCAGUGUGGUAUUUCACCUUACGCGCACAUGCAUAUAAAAUUGUAUGGGAUAACGAUGCCGUCGUCGAUUUCAAUGAAAUUGAGGAAUACAUCAGGUCAGAGGAAGCCAGACUCCCCAAUUGGAUAUUUAUAUUUCCAGGUACUAAAUGGUGUGGACCUGGAAAUAUAUCAGAAAAUGUCAAUGAUCUUGGUACAGAAAGGGACACUGACAAAUGCUGUCGGACUCACGACAUGUGUUCUGACAUUAUCCCUGCCCAUGAAAGCAAACACAACUUAACUAACCCGAGCUUUUACACACGCAUGCUACUUGAAACAAAAAUUUACAGCUUACACUGCGAUUGCGAUACAGACUUCUACAAAUGUCUAAAAACAAUUAAAACUAGAACGGCAACCAAAGUGGGACACCUUUACUUCACUAUUUUAGGAACUAAGUGCUACAGAUAUGAUUACCCAAUCAUCGGAUGCAACAAAUACACAUUCUUUCCAUCUCGAAAAUGUAUUGACUACCAACAUGAUCCGACUAAAAAUAAGGUGUACCAAUGGUAUGACGUACCUAAUUUUUGAAUUCCAAUCCGCUGCAGUUUAAAAACGAAUUAUUUAUGUUGAUAUCAAAUAUA